GACUCGAGCACAGUCGCUCAGGCUGAUCGCAUAUGAUUGGCUGGAUCAAUGCAAAUACAUCGUGACUUCGGAGCAUUGAGUGGUCUCUACCAUAGUUUCCAGCCUCAAACCUAACACCAGCAGAACUGAGAAGCCUUGAAUACUUCCCUUAACAACACAAUCAACAAGUCGCCCAGCAUGAGCGUCAGGACAGUCGAGACCAAGCCAUACACGGACCAGAAGCCGGGAACAUCCGGUCUUCGUAAGAAGGUCAAAGUCUUCCAGAAGGAGAAUUACUCGGAGAACUUCGUCGCCUCAAUCAUUCAGUCUAUACCUGAAGGUGCCGAGGGUGCCUUCCUCGUGAUUGGCGGUGAUGGCCGGUACUGGAAUCCGGAGGUCAUGCAGAUGAUUGCAAAGAUCGGUGCAGCAUACGGCGUCAAGAAGCUCCUGAUCGGUCAGGAUGGCAUCAUGUCCACACCAGCAGCGUCACACCUGAUACGGAUACACAAGGCCACGGGUGGUAUCCUUCUCACAGCCAGCCACAACCCUGGUGGACCCGAUGAGGACUUUGGCAUCAAAUAUAACCUGGCCAACGGCGCACCUGCACCGGAGAGUGUGACGAACAAGAUCUUCGAGGUGUCGAAGUCGAUCACAUCAUACAAGAUCGCAGACAUCCCGGAAGUCGACCUAUCGAAGAUCGGCACCCAGAAGGUCGGCCCUCUGGAGGUGGAGAUUGUGCACAGCACCAAGGACUACCUAGACAUGCUCAAGGACAUCUUCGACUUCGACCUCAUCAAGUCCUUCCUCUCCGAGCACAAGGACUUCAAGAUCCUCUUCGACGGCCUCUCCGGUGUGACUGGCAGCUACGGCGUUGACAUCUUCGAGCACGAGCUUGGCCAGAAGGGAAGCACGCAAAACUGCAUUCCCAAGCCUGACUUCGGCGGCCACCACCCGGAUCCCAACCUUGUCUACGCGCACUCGCUCGUCGAAGCAGUGGACAAGAACGGCGUGCACUUCGGUGCUGCUUCUGACGGCGAUGGUGAUCGCAACAUGAUCUACGGCGCAAACUCCUUCGUCUCCCCGGGCGACUCCCUCGCCAUCAUUGCCGAAUACGCGACAGACUACAUUCCCUAUUUCAAGAAGCAAGGUCUCUACGGCCUCGCACGCUCAAUGCCAACCUCCGGAGCCAUCGACCUGGUCGCGCAAAAGAAGGGCGUCAAGUCGUACGAAGUGCCGACAGGCUGGAAAUUCUUCUGCGGUCUGUUCGAUGCCGACAAGAUGAACAUCUGUGGUGAAGAGUCCUUCGGCACGGGAUCCAACCAUAUCCGGGAGAAGGACGGCCUGUGGGCGGUAGUCGCGUGGUUAAACAUUAUCGCGGGCGUGGGCAAGAAAACCAACACCACCCCCUCCAUCAAGUCGAUUCAGCACGAGUUUUGGCAGAAGUAUGGCCGUACCUUUUUCACGCGCUACGAUUACGAGGGUUGCGAGUCCGAGGGUGCGAACAAGGUGAUUGCGCACAUGAAGGAGCUGAUUGGGCCUAAGAAGAGCGAGUUCGUCGGCUCUUCGGUCUCUGGUAGAAAGGUGCAGGAGGCGGAUGACUUCUCGUACACUGAUCUUGAUGGCAGUGUGAGCAAGAACCAGGGUAUCUACGUAAAGUUCGACGACGGGAGCAGGAUUGUAGUGAGGUUGUCGGGUACUGGAAGUAGCGGCGCGACGAUAAGGUUGUACAUUGAGAAGCAUGAGACGGAUCAGAGUAAGUAUGAGCUGGAUGCGCAGGACUACCUGAAGGACAACGUGAAGAUGGCGGUGGAGCUGUUGAAGUUGCAGGAGUAUGUUGGCAGGACGGAGCCGGAUGUGAAGACCUGAAGGCAUGUGGGUUGACGCAGCAAAGUGUGCAGUGAGUGGCAGAUGAAAUGAUGCAUGAUCAAAAGCAAGCGAGCAACCUUAGGUGUGCCUGGUUGUGUAGAUGAAGAUAGCGUAGGCACCGUCCAUCAUACCAUCAACUAGCAUCCAGCGCUGCGCAAGCUUUUCCAGUUCGCUCUGCAAUGCCAUCACCUUCCACAACUACGUCUUUGACUUGUCGCUUUUGGAGGGACUUUCAAUCGAAAAC